CAGAAGAAUCAGAAGACAAACAUGUGACUGUAACUUGAUCAUACUUUCAAGUACUGCAGUACUUCAACUAAACAAUGAUAAGUGUAUAUAAUAAUACUCUCUAACCUAACUUCACUCUGAUAAUAAUACUCAGAGACUUUGUCUCCACGAGGUGUUUCCAUUAUUUUGUCCAGCAUGUCUGCUGAACGUUACAUUUAUGUUUUAUUUAUGUUGCCGAUGACGACAAGUCCAAACACUUCAGAGCUCCUUCAUUCACCAAGACCAACAACGUCACUGAGAACACAAACCGGACCGGUCCUGGUCCAAACCUGAUCAGAGAGCUGCAAAGUAAAUAAGUACAUUUACUCGAGUACUUCAUUUCUCUGACAGCUUCAGUUUCUUUAAACAAACAAGUUCAUAAAACCUGAAGUUUUAAUAAGAACAGAAGAAACCAAAUCUGAGAGUUCAGACCGCUGUCUUUAACAGGUGGUGUCUGCAUGUGUGGUUCCCAUGUGUGUAGUUUAUUGUGACCAUAAACAGUCGUGAACUCUCAUUGGACAGAAACAGAAACAGAGGAGGCUGAUCUGAGGUCAGCUGAUGCUGCAUGAACUGCUGGAGACGGGUGGAGCAUCUGUUAAUGAGAACGAGAGGGUAAUCCUCCACCUCCACUUAUAAACUGAAGCUGCUGCUGACGGGCGGAGGAGACGCAGAGAGGAGGUGAUGUGAGCCAGCAGUCCGAGACCAGGAGGUCCAACACCAGGAGUCUGAGACCAGGAGGUCCAACACCAGGAGUCCGAGACCAGGAGGUCCAACACCAGCAGUCCGAGACCAGGAGGUCCAACACCAGGAGUCUGAGUGGACACACAUUAACUGCUCUGUGAUCAGGAGCUAACAUGGGACCUGAGCCCGACUUCAACACCUCCAUCUGGCUCCGCCCAUGCGUCAAUGCCUCCUGUCAGCCUCCAGUCACGGACGCGACGUGUCCAUAUGGCACGGCUCAGCUGAUCCUCAUCGCCAUGGUAACCACCUCCCUGAGCGCCGUCACCGUCCUGGGCAACGUGUUGGUGAUCAUAUCCAUAAAGGUAAACCGUCAUCUGCGGACCGUCAACAACUACUUCCUGUUGAGCCUGGCGGUGGCUGACCUGAUCGUUGGCCUGGUGUCCAUGAACCUGUAUGCGCUGUACCUGCUGCGGGGCCGCUGGCCGCUGGGCGCCACCGUCUGUGACAUGUGGCUGGUCGUAGAUCACGUGGUCAGCAACGCCUCCGUCAUGAACCUGCUGAUCAUCAGUUUGGACCGGUACCUCUGCAUGACGCGGCCGUUCAGCUACCCGGCGCGGCGGACUGGCAGGAUGGCCGGUCUGAUGAUCAGCACCGCCUGGCUGCUGUCCUUCAUCAUCUGGGUCCCCGCCAUCCUCUGCUGGCAGACGGACGGCGGCAGACGUGUCGUCCCUGACGGGAAGUGUUACACUCAGCUGCUUGCCAGCCCCACUGUCACCUUGGCGACCACACUUCCUUCCUUUUACCUGCCAGCACUUGUCAUGAUCGCCCUGUACAGCCACCUGUCCGCCGCCAGCCGCAGUCGUCUGAGCGCGCUCCAGUCAGAGUGCGGCACGCUCAGGACGUCCAGUCCAUCCAUCAAAGACUUCCUCUUGAAACAGCGAUGGGUGUCCAGUGACCCAGGCUCUGACCUGUCUCUGAACCAAUCAGAGUCCAGCACACCGAAGACCAGAACGAACCGGAAGGUGUCCAGAAGUCCUGCCGACACCUCAGAGCCAUCAGAGAUCUGUCCGUCUCCUCAACCAUGUCAUGCUCGAACCGCUGCACGCCACGCCAAAGACGAUGACGACUACAACAAGAUCGAAAACGAAUCUUCAUCCAACGCUGACCUCCACCACACCGCCUCAGUGGCGUUGUCCUCCUGUCCCAGCUUCAAGUCUCGGGAGAGACAGUGGCGUCGAGUGGUGGCAAGGGAGAGAAAGGUCACCAAGACCAUCCUCGCCAUCCUGUUGGCCUUCAUCGUCACCUGGACGCCGUACAACAUUUUGUCGCUGGUCGCUGCCUUCUGUCACGUGCGCGUCCCCGGCGUCCUGUGGACCACUGGGUACUGGCUCUGUUACAUCAACAGCGCCAUCAACCCGGGCUGCUAUGCCCUGUGCAGUGUCACCUUCAGGAAGACCUUCUGCAGCCUGCUGCGCUGCCGUGGCAGGAAGCUCCGCUGAGGCCAGCGGCGGCGGCUGGAGGCUCGUCGUGGACGAGUUUUAUGUUUACGUGGAGUUUGGUCACUUUACGCGAUGCUAGCUUUAGUUACCUCCUCAGGUUAGCCUGGAAUCAUGCUAACGCUAACAUGCUAAUGUGGCAUAUAUCGUUUCCUGUGAUUGUAAUAUUAUAAAAUAUAUUUAACAUGUUUAACUCACACGCUCAUUAAAAAGAAAGUGUUCAUCCGUCAUGUAAGUCUGUCCACAGAUGAAUGCUAACAUUAGCCCUUAGCUAACGUUAAUCCACUUUUUCUGAAUGGUCUGGAGCUUAGCUUAGCUUAGCUCGUUAGCUUGUUAACUAACACUAACUAAUGUUAGUUAUUAUUGUUAGCUUAGCUAGUUUUUUUAACUUACCUGUUUUCUUACCUUGAAAAUAGACCUGGAGAUGCUGCUAGG